CAAAAACUUCCAUUGUUCCCUUCCCAGUUCUGUCCUUAAUGCUAUCAACAACACGAUCGCCGCCCCCCCGUAACCCAACAAGGGAUCCAGAAACCAAGGCGACAAGGCCGCCCUCACUCCUCCCCCUCCCUCUCGAUGCAGACGUCUGCAGAGUAGUAGCCCUCACGAAACCUCGAUUUCUCUCUGCUCCGGCGGCUCUGUUCCCCUCUACGCUAUCUGCUCCAAUUGCCCUGCUUCCGCACCGGACACUCGGCUAGCAGCACCACCUCGACGGCUUGGGCGCGGCAGAGCAUUGUGGCCUCGGGAGGCCGGUCUGGCGGACACAUCGGGUUGAACGGGCUCUGCCCGCAGCUCCAACAUGGCGAAAGGCGACGACGCAGGAAACGGCCCUGUCGACUUAGCGACCAACAGAUCGAGAUGGGCCACUCGCAAGCUCACGGUGAAGAGCAGCAGCCUCAAGCGGAUCUCCUUGAUGGACAAGCUGCACAAGAGGACGGGGUCGACGGAGAAGAAACGCAACUCGGACGGUAGCCAAUCUGUGGCCGACGGCCAUGUCCAGAGCGACAGUGCCCCCGCGGCCGAGGAGGCCGAUGCGAAGAGCACCACCUCGGGGGCUGAGAGCGGAGGGAGGACGGUGUACUUCAAUCUGCCGCUGCCUGACGAGAUGAAGGACGACGAGGGCAAUCCCAUCCGCACGUAUUCGCGCAACAAGAUCCGGACGGCCAAGUACACGCCGCUCUCUUUCAUCCCGAAGAACUUGUGGAACCAGUUCCACAACAUUGCCAACAUCUUCUUCCUGUUUAUGGUGAUUCUUGUGAUUUUCCCCAUCUUUGGAGGAGUUAACCCGGGCCUCAACGCGGUGCCUCUGAUAUUCAUCAUUGCCGUGACAGCCAUCAAAGACGCGAUCGAAGAUUAUCGCAGGACGAUUCUCGACAACGAAUUGAACAACGCCCCCGUGCAUCGCCUAAUCGGCUGGAAUAAUGUCAACGUUGCAGAAGACAACGUCUCGCUAUGGCGGAGAAUCAAGAAAGCUACCUCGAAGUACCUCGGCGCCCUGUGGCGUGCGACCCAAGGUUUAUGGAAUAAGGAUGUCAAGAACAAGAACGCACUGGAACGCUCGUCGGUUCCGCGCCUCUCUGUCGAAACCAAGGCGACCCGCCGGGAGUCGAUGAUCUCCCCUCGUACCGAUAGGACAUCGUACGUAUCCGCCUACGAAGAAAUCCAGAUGACGCCCGUCGCGUCGCCCUUGCCCCCCCAGGUCACCCAAAAGGACUUGCUUGACGUGUCUGAGCGCCCGGCUUCUGGGCAUUCCUUUAAUCCUGACGAGCCGGAAACCCUCGCUAGAGUGAAAGGUGACCUGAUUAACUACGAUCUUCCGCCUACAGGCCGAGCGAGAUUUCACAAGGAUCACUGGAAGAAUCUCCAGGUUGGCGAUUUUGUGCGACUCUAUAACGAUGACGAGCUUCCGGCGGAUGUCAUUGUCUUGGCUACGUCGGAUUCGGACGGUGCCUGCUAUGUGGAGACGAAGAACUUGGACGGGGAAACGAAUCUGAAGGUUCGCCAGGCACUUCGGUGCGGACGGACAUUGAAGCACGCGAAGGACUGCGAGCGCGCUGAAUUUCUUAUCGAGAGCGAGCCGCCUCAACCGAACCUGUACAAGUAUAACGGCGCCAUCAAGUGGGACCAGAUGUUACCUAACGGGCCGACCGAGAUGUCUGAGCCAAUUUCCAUCGACAAUGUUCUCCUCCGAGGUUGCAACCUGAGGAAUACCGACUGGGUCCUCGGCGUCGUCCUGUUCACCGGCCACGACACCAAGAUCAUGAUGAACGCCGGCAUUACACCUAGUAAGCGUGCGCGCAUCGCUCGGGAGCUGAACUUUAACGUUAUCUGCAACUUCGGUAUUCUCGGUGCUCUGUGCCUUUUGUCCGCCCUCGUCAACGGCGUAUCGUGGUCGAAGAGCGACGCCUCAACUUCGUGGUUUGACUACGGUGCCAUCGGCGGAACGGCGGCAAUGACUGGUUUCAUCACUUUCUGGGCCACUCUCAUCGUCUUUCAAAACUUGGUUCCCAUCUCGCUAUACAUCACCUUGGAGAUUAUACGAACGUUGCAAGCUAUCUUCAUUUAUAGUGAUGUCGAGAUGUAUUAUGAGGAGAUUGAUUAUCCAUGUGUUCCGAAGUCAUGGAAUAUCUCAGACGACCUUGGUCAGAUUGAAUAUAUCUUCUCGGACAAGACGGGUACUCUUACCCAGAACGUUAUGGAAUUCAAGAAGGCGACUAUAAAUGGUCAACCUUAUGGCGAGGCGUACACGGAGGCGCAGGCCGGCAUGCAGAAGCGCUUGGGUAUCGAUGUGGUCAAGGAAGCUGCUAGAGCUAGAGAACAGAUCGCCGCGGGAAAGAUUCACGCCUUGGAUGGGUUACGAAAAAUCCACGACAACCCCUAUCUACAUGCGGAGGAUCUAACUUUCAUCGCACCCGAUUUCGUCGACGACUUGCGAGGCGAGUCGGGGGAGGAGCAAAAACAGGCGAACGCACAUUUUAUGCUGGCCUUGGCCCUGUGCCAUACCGUUAUAGCAGACCGCGUUCCCGGUGACCCCCCGAAGAUCGAGUUCAAAGCACAAUCGCCCGACGAAGCCGCUCUCGUGUCGACUGCUCGCGACAUGGGGUUUACCGUUCUCGGCCAGACGAGCGACGGUAUCAGAUUGAACGUUAUGGGCCAGGAAAGGCAGUACCCGGUCCUGAAUACGAUCGAGUUCAACUCUAGUCGGAAACGAAUGAGUGCCAUCGUCAAGAUGCCUGAUGGUCGGAUCAUCCUCUUCUGCAAGGGCGCAGAUAGCAUUAUCUACUCUCGCCUCAAGCGUGGCGAGCAGGCCGAGCUUCGCAAGACCACCGCCGAGCACCUCGAAAUGUUCGCCCGAGAAGGCUUGCGGACUCUGUGCAUAGCCCAGCGCGUGCUUUCUGAGCACGAGUAUCUCGAGUGGCGCAAAGAGCACGAUAAGGCCGCCACCGCCUUGCAAGACCGAGAGGAGAAGCUAGAGGAAGUUGCCGACAAGAUCGAACAGGAACUGACCCUCCUUGGCGGGACGGCCAUCGAAGACCGACUGCAAGACGGAGUGCCCGACACAAUCGAACUGCUUGGGAGAGCAGGAAUCAAGCUGUGGGUGCUCACGGGAGACAAGGUCGAGACCGCCAUCAACAUCGGGUUUUCGUGCAAUCUACUGAAUAACGACAUGGAGCUCAUCACCCUCAAGGUGGACGAAGAUGAGUCCGGUAACACCACUGACGAAGUUUUCCUGGGCCGUCUUGAGGCGGAACUCGAUAAGCACCUGAAGACCUUCGGUAUUACCGGCAGCGACGAGGACCUGGCCCACGCGAUGAAGAACCACGAGCCACCAGCACCCACCCACGCCCUCGUCAUCGAUGGAUUCACGCUCCGGUGGGUACUCCAUAAUAGCCUAAAGCAGAAGUUCCUACUUCUGUGCAAGCAAUGCGCCUCCGUCCUGUGCUGCCGUGUCAGCCCGGCCCAGAAAGCCGCAGUUGUGGCCAUGGUCAAGCACGGCCUCGACGUGAUGACGCUGUCUAUCGGAGAUGGCGCCAACGACGUUGCUAUGAUUCAAGAGGCGGAUGUCGGUGUGGGCAUUGCUGGUGUCGAGGGUCGUCAAGCCGUCAUGUCGGCCGACUACGCCAUCGGUCAAUUCCGGUUCCUGCAACGAUUAGUCCUAGUUCACGGUCGCUGGUCCUACCGUAGGAUGGCCGAAGCGAUUGCCAACUUCUUCUACAAGAACAUGAUCUGGACGUUGACCAUUCUAUGGUUCCAGUGCUUCUGCAACUUCGAUAUCACGUACCUCUUCGAGUACACGUACAUCAUUCUUUUCAACCUCAUCUUCACUUCGGUACCUCCCAUUGUCAUCGGCGUCCUCGACCAAGAUGUCUCGGAUGCGGUCUCCCUAGCCGUUCCCCAACUCUAUCGUCGUGGUAUCGAGCGUCUAGAAUGGACUCAACAUAAGUUUUGGCUGUACAUGUUCGACGGUGCCUAUCAGAGCGUCAUAGGCUUCUUCAUCCCGUACUUGGCCUUUUCGCCAACCUCGGCCGUGACCGGAAACGGAUUAGACGUCGGAGAUAGACUGCGAUUCGGCGCUUACAUUGCCCAUCCGAUCGUCAUUACGAUCAAUCUCUACAUCCUCAUCAACACGUACCGAUGGGAUUGGCUCACGGUCCUGAUUAUCAUUAUAAGUGACGUGCUGGUCUUCUUCUGGACGGGCGUCUAUACCACGUCGACGUUCGCCGGCCCAUUUUAUCACGCGGCUCCCCAGAUCUAUAGCGAGGCUUCGUUCUGGGCCGUGCUGAUCGCGACUCCGAUCAUCUGUCUAGCUCCUCGCUAUGCCAUCAAGGCUCUUCGCAAAGUCUAUUGGCCCCGUGAUGUCGAUAUCAUCCGGGAGCAGGUCACCAUGGGCAAGUUUGACCAACUACUCAAGGAAGAACCGAGUGAUGCUGCCGUCAAGUCUACCUCGUCCAGCUCGUCCCAGUCCUCCCGAGUCAGGCGACAUCAGCAAUUUGCGAGUGUGGACGAGGAUCUCCGACCUAUCUAUCCGCCUUCUGUCGCCGAACCUUCUGUCGCCGAACCCUCUGUCACUGGACAUAAUACUCGGAGCCAAAACGGUAGCGAUGGUACUAAUUAUACCCGCCACGACGAGCCUUCGACGAUGGAUAUGCCUGUGCAGCAGCCAGUGGAUCCGCCUCCGGAACCACCAGUACGACCGUCGUUCGAUCGUGUCCGCCCUUCUUAUGACCGUAUGCGGGCCUCGAUGGAUCGGGUGCGGCAGAGCUACGAAAUGUCCAACGAAUUCACUUCGGCGGCCAGGUUGAGCAGGCUCGAGUCGACUCAUACCAGUGUGUCUCCGCCACCGGAAGGCACCGGAAUUGUCAACCGGAUAAGAAGACGCACACGGGGCAAGUCCUUCAAGUCGGCAUUUGCGUUCCACAAGGAUAAUCAUAUUCAUGAGAGUGAAUGAGAAGCACUCGUCUAACAGCUGUUAGGUGGGCCUUGUAAGAUAGCGCAUUGGCUCAAAUUAUUUUUAAUCCAUUCGACGUGAUAUCCCGGGCGGUUGGUGCACAAGCUCGAUCUCGGAGGGGCGAUUUACGACACUACGGUGGUUAUCACCAGCUCAGCCAACCGAUCCGAACAUUCUAGACGGGCCGUUUGAAUCUUUUUUUUCCACUUGCAAUUUGCGAAGGCGUUGGCGUUUUAAGGAUGCAUG